CUACGCAGUAAAUUACUCAAAGCAUCCGUUGAGUUUGCCCGUUUGUUUUGGUUGGCGGCUUCCUAAAAACUAGAGCGGGACCAUGGAAGGAAGAUGACAACAAGCCGUCUGCUAUGACUCGUUAGCUAGCCGGUUAUGUUUCUGCACAUAUGAUUUUUGAAACAAGUCAUUUUUAAAACUGUAAGACGUAAAAGCUAGUUUAGGCAAAUGUGUUGAUGUAGCUUUUCCCUUCAUCAAACUGGCAAUAAAGCUUCGUGAACAUGCCUCCUAAAAAACGAGACAAAGAUGCAAAAGUGAAUAUUUCCAGCUCUCUGGAGUCCGAGGACUUCAGUUUAGAAACCACAGUUCCCACCGAAGACAUUUCCUCUUCAGACGAGAGAGAUGGGGCGCAGAAAAUCACACGACAGUUGAUCGAGAGAAAGGAACUGCUCCACAAUCUCCAGCUGCUGAAAAUUGAGCUGUCGCAGAAAAAUCUCAUCAUUGACAAUCUCAAGGUGGACCAUCUGACCAAGAUUGAAGAACUGGAGGAGCGGCUCAAUGACACUCUUCAUCAGAAGCAGCUCCUGGCCUUGCGCCUGGACAGCCAGCUCAAACUGCAGCAGGAAGACAGCAGGAAGCAGCAGGCGUUCAGGAAACAGGAAAUGGAGGGCAUUUUGCAGCGACAGAAACAGCUGGAGGAGACGAACAGGCAGCUGAGCGAGAAAGCGGGAGAUGUGCGACGUAGCCUCAGAGACCUGGAGCUGACCGAGGAGAAGUACUGUGAGCUCAAAGACCUCCCCGAGGAGAGACUCUCCAUCCCAGAAUAUGUGUCCGUGAGGUUCUAUGAGGUGGUGACCCCCCUGAGAACACAAGUGACCGAGCUUCAGAAGAAGAAGAGUGUUCUGUCAGAAGACCUGGACAACCACAGGAGACAGAUGAAGUCCCUGAUGGAGAGCUAUGAGGAGGAGCGGAGGCUGCGCUCUGAGCUGGAGAUCCGGAGCCAGCGUCUCACCCUGGAGCUGGCCGACACCAAGCAGCUCAUCCAGGAGGGGGACUACAAGAGGGAGAACUACGGCAAAGUCAAACGGGAGCGAGACGCCUUUGAGCAGGAAGCGGGGGACCUGAGGAGGAGACUGGAGGUUCUGGAUGUCGAACACAGCGCUCAGACCAAGGAGAGAAAUGACCUGAACAAAGAGGUGUGCACGCUGCAGCAGUCAGUGACCCUGCUGCAGAAGGAUAAGGAGUACCUGAGCAGGCAGAACAUGGAGCUGAGCGUGCGCUGUGCCCAUGAGGAGGACCGGCUGGAGCGCCUGCAGGCUCAGCUGGAGGACAGCAAGAGGGCCCGGGAGGACGCCUACGACAAAUACGUGGCCUCCAGAGAUCAUUAUAAGACUGAAUAUGAAAAUAAACUGCGGGAUGAACUGGAGCAGAUUCGCAUGAAAACGGGUCACGAAAUCGAGAGUCUUCAGAGAACGUCGAAAGAGAUGUACGAACGGGAAAACAGAAACCUGCGGGAAGCGAAGGACAACGCCUUUGUGGAGAAGGACAGAGCCACCACAGCUGAGAGGGAGGCCACGGAGAAGUACGACCAGCUGCUCGAUCAGUUCAGACGGCUCCAGCUCGGCACCGACAGCAGGGUGGCGGAGUUGCUCAAUCAAGUGAAACUGAGAAGCUUUGAAGUGGAGCGCGCUCAGAUGGUGCAAGAGGAAACGUCCAGGAGCCUCAGCCAGUGCCAGAUCGAGUGCGAGAAGCUCCAGAGAAAGCUGGAGGUCCUGACGAAGGAGUUCUACGGCCUCCAGACGUCCUCGGAGAAGAGGAUCACGGCGCUGCAGGCGGAGAGCUCGGAGCGCCACGCCCGUCUCCAGACCUACGAGCAGCUGGAGCGGGAGCUGGACGACGUCACCGUGCAGGCGGCCGAGGUGGAGAAUGAAGAGGAGGCGGAAAGAGUUCUUUUCGCGUACGGUUACGGAGCCAACGUGCCGACCACAGCCAAAAGACGUCUAAAGCAAAGCGUUCACCUUGCUCGGAGGAUCCUGCAGCUGGAGAAGCAGAACACCCUGUUGAGCAGAGACCUGGAGAGACAGACGGCCCACUGCGGACAGAUCUCUGAGGAGCUGGAAGCAGCCAAUCAGCUCCUGCAGCAGGCCCAGCAGCCGUACAGCUACCUGAUCGACAGCGUUCAGCAGAGGGACGGCCAGAUCUCCGCCCUCAAGCAGCACGUCAGCCAGCUGGAGGAGGAUGUCAGGAGUUUGAAAAGAGAGAACACAACUCUGCUUCAGGUGAAGAACAACAUGACCGCCGAUCUCGAGAGACUUCUCAACCACCGGGAGGAACUGUCUGUUAUGAAACAGGUUCUCAUAAGCAUGCACUCCGGGCGGAACGGCGAGAGCUUGGCCCCGCCGCGGCUGGAAGCUACGAGCGGAACGGCAGUUUACGCGCCGAAGGGGAGCGUCCGGUGGGCCGAGGCCGAGGAGCAGGGGCCCAAACCCAAACCCACCGUGUUCACAAAUAAAGAAGUCCCAGAUUGGUAUAAAAAACUGAAACAGAAGUAAAAAUGACAGCGAGGGAACAGUGACGGAGUGUUGUGGUUCUGUGAUGUGAUUUGUGUGAAAUGUACAAUAGCUGCGUUUAUUCUGAGGAUUUGUACCAACACGUUUUUGUAUUUAUUUUAUACAGCCGAUGUGUAGAAUGUAUUACCUAUGUCAUGUUUACUACAUUUUGUAUGGCAUUGCCCUGAUUCUGUGGUCAGAUUGAGAUGUGUAAAAUGUUUUCAAGAAAUGCAUUUUGCAUUCAGUUUGUGGGGGGGGAAAUAAAACGAACAGGAAAUCCA